AUGCCUGUCCUCGACGAACAACACCUUCCCCACUAUCGCGAGGCUUCCCAAUUACACGCAAGCGACUCUCUUUGUCCCGAAUUACUCACUGCCAUGUCAGAUCUACGACAAGCGUGUGAUCGAUGUCACAGCAAGAAGCUCAAAUGUACGAAAAUCCCAGCUUCUUCUGUUUGCACUCGCUGUGCCAAAGCUGGAGUCACCUGUCUCUUCAGCCCUCCAACUCGAUCUUUGCGCCAUCCUGACAAUGCAGUCUUCAACUGGUCUAUGCUUGGCUUGGACGAACCUGCAAUCGAACCAGUUCCAAGCAUCAACCUGGAUCAAUUUAUCACAACACCUCCUGUUAGCCAAGUUACAGAUCCACCUCCACCUCCACCAGCUCAAGUCACUGAGAUAUCUCAGUUGUCAGAUCUCAUGGCUGGACUGGAUCGCCUACAGACCAACUUUCCAACCUCGCAACGAGAUCAUUUAUCUGCAAGGGAACUCACAGAGUUCAUGAAGAUAUGCAAGUUUGAUCUUGGAUCAUUCCUCGAAGAUCUGCUACAACGUUCACAGAAGCUACUUCACUUAUACCCUGAAGUUCUCAAACGACUUGAACCCGAGGAUAUCAACUGUGAUGCCCCGGACUGCAUACAUAACGCACAAAAGGAAUAUUUGCUCUCAAAGUCCAGAGUUCCAAUCGACCAGUCCCUUAUUCACCUCAUUAUGGCCUGUCACCUAAGACUACUGGAUAUCUUUGACAUGAUCACUAACCAUGGGCGUAUGUGUGCUCAUGCUGUGCCGCUUUUACCCAGAGAACACGAGCCCAAGUUCGACAUGCCCGAGAUCAAGAUAGGCUCUUUCGUUGCCCCGAAAAUCUCGGCAGCUUCAAUGAUGAUUGCAAUGGUGAUCGAGCUCCAGCAUUCCCUGAGCUCAAGGGCAGAAGAACUGGAAGGUGCGGUAUCAUUAGCUGUCGGCAAUGAGUCGAAAACAGCAAAAAUCAUUAGUCUUCAAUGCGAGUCAUUGAAAGAACGGGCUUCAGACACUCUUGACGGUCUUUGUUCUCUUCGAGACAACCUUAUGAAACUUGGUGUCAUCAGAUGA